GCUCACUAUAAAAGGGGGGGUCCUCCUCGCCACUCGCUGCACUGAAGCGUUCAUCAAGCUGGCAAAUGGAAGGAGACAAGUGAACGUUUGAAUUAUUGACGCAACUAAAAUAUUGAUUUGUAGGUAGAAUAAAUGAUGCACCCGGAUUAUUCCUCGGACUCGUCCAGCUGCAGCACAGCAUCGCCUGGUGGGGACACCCUUGGGUGCAGCCAGCAUCGUUUGUCGCCGGCAAUUGACAACGACGAGGAUGUAGACAGCGGUGCUUCAGACUGCCUCGUCCCCACGUCAGGUGCCUCCUCGCCGGCUAGGAAGCGCCACGUUCCGCCUUCCAAAGGCAGGGGGAGCCAGACGUCUUCCGGCAAAAAGGCCAAGACGUCCGGCUGCAGGAAAGGGCAGAAAGAUAAGCUUUCCAAAGAAGAAGAUGAGAGGCGUAGGAUUCGCCGAGAGAGGAACAAAAUUGCCGCCGCAAAGUGUCGAAACCGUCGGCGGGAGUUGAUCGACACCUUGCAAGCUGAGACCGACCAGCUCGAAGACGAGAAGUCUAACCUCCAGUCAGAAAUCGCCGAGCUUCUAAAGGAGAAGGAGCGACUAGAACGGGUCUUGUCCUCCCACGAGCCCUCCUGUCACCUCCGGGCCGAGAAGACUGAAGACGACGACGUCGCACAGUCGCCCGAAAGCAACGGCGUCGCCGCCCGGGUCCCCCGCGCCGCCAUUUUCGGCGAUUCCGACAUCCUGCUGUGCGCUAGCGCCCGGGAGGAACCUGACGGGACGCCGGAUGACCUGGACGACUUAGUCCCCAGCCUGGAGAUGGAGGUCACCCAGUCCCGGGACGAGGCGACGGGCGGGGUCUUCGUCCCCGACGUGAGCGCCCCGCCCGACUGGGAAACUUUGUACAAAUCUGUAGCCGACGACCUGGACUGUCUUAGCUCGCCACUUGCAGAAUCUUGCGCCGACUUCCGCGCCAGCGUCUUCUCCUUCAACUUGGACGACAUGGACGCCUUGGCGGAAAGCGGCGGCUUCGAGGAUAGUCUCAACUCGCCUACGCUUCUGGCGUUGUAAAUGCAAAAAAAAAAAAAAAAACAACAACAACAAAAGAGGUUAUGCAAUGAUCGUUUUACCCUGACAAGGCGCUUUAAAAACUCUUUCAAACGAACUAAAACGUACUUUUUAAAGUACAUGAAUAAAGUCUAAAUACAUUGGCUGCCAUUGACAGCGAUAGAAGUCUGGGAGACUGGGAAAAGACUGGGAGGGCAAAUGAUUAUGAAAUGUAAAUAAUGAAUCAAAUUAUUCUUAUUUUUAAUCUCGCAUGAUAACUGCCCUUGAAUCUGAAGGAAUUUUCAUUUUUACUCGGUGGAUGUCAUUGACAGCAAUGGACAACCAAUCCAUUUUGACAGGAAAAACGGAAAAACAAAUAAUUAUGAUCAAGAAUUAAUCUCAUUUUUAAUCUCGCUUGAAAAUUACUGAAAAACCCUUAAUUUGUUUUGAAUUUAAAUUAUGAGUUUCCACUGACAAUGAUCGAUGAAUGCAUUUUGAAUUCGAGGGUUAGUAACCCUGUUCUGAAAUUAAUCUCAUUAAUCUCGUUUUUAAUCUCGCUUGAAAAUUGCUGAAAAAAACCCCACAUAAUUGAAAUUUUUAGCUGCCAUUGACAAUAACCAAUCCAUUUUGGAUUGCAGGGCUAAUAACUAUGAUCUGAAAUUAAUCUGCUUUUUAAUCUAUCUUGAAAAGUGCUGAUAAAAUCCCACAAUUUUUUGGGAAUUUGAAUUUAAAUUAUGAGCUUCCACUGACAAUGACCAGUCCAUUUUGAAUUCGAGGGCUCCGAUCUGAAAUUAAUCUCAUUAAUCGCAUUUUUAAUCUCGCUUGAAAAUUGCUGGAAAACAUCCCUCACAUAAUUGACAUUAUUAGCUGCCAUUGACAAUAACCAAUCCAUUUGGAAUUGGAGGGCUGAUAACUUAUGAUCUGAAAUUAAUCUCAUUAAUCUAAUUUCUAAUCACACUUGAAAAUUGCUCGAAAGAAGCCCUCACAUAAUUGAAAUUAUAAGCUGCCAUUGACAAUAACCAAUCCAUUUUGAAUUUCAGUGUUAAAUAACUAUGAUCUGAAAUUAAUUGUAUUAGUACCAUGUUUAAUCUCUCUUGAAAAUUGCUGGGAAAAUCCCUAACAUAAUUAAAAUUAUUAGCUGCAAUUGACAAUAACCAAUCCAUUUUUAAUUCGAGGGCUAAUAACUAUGAUCUGAAAUUAAUCUCAUUAAUCACCUUUUUAAAUCUCAUUUGAAAAUUGCUGACAAAAGCCCUCAAUUUUGUUUUGAAUUUUAACUUAACUCAUUGGCUGCCACUCACAAUGAUAGCCCAUCAAUCUAUUAUGAAUUCCAGGGCUAAUAAUGAUAUGAAAUUAAUCUAAUUUUUAAUCUCGCUUGAAAAGUGCUAAAAAAAAAAAACAACAAAUUUUGUAUUGAAUUUUUAUUUAAUCCAUUGGCUGCAAUGUACGAUGAUAGACCAUUAAUCAGUUUAAAUUUUGAUGGCUAAUAAUUAUGAUCUGUAAUCAAUCUGAUUAAUCUCAUUUUAACUGUCGCUCAAAAAUUCAUAAAAAUCUCAAUUUGAGCUCCUUGUCAUUUAACUCAAUAAGGACGAGCGAUGUCUAAUCAUUUUUGACUAAAAAGGCUAAUAAUUAUAAUAUGUCAAUUAUCUAAACAAUCUAAUUUUUAAUCUUGUUUAAAAAAAAAAACAACCUAAAUUGGAGUUCAUAAAUUAUUUAAAUAAUUCCCUGCCAUGGACGACGAUCGAUGUCCAAUCCAUUUUGACUGGGAGAGGCUGACGGAGACAAAUAAUCACUGCCAGCCUCUUCCAGUCAAAAUAAAUUGGACUUCGAUCACCAUCAAUGGCAUGGAAUGAGUAUAAUUAUUUUUCUUAAAAAUCAUAGAAAGGUUUGAAUAUCUCUCUUAUGCUGCAUGUCCUCAACCAGACUACAGAGCCACCUGGCAUGUUGUGGCAAAAUGCGGUAUUACGCUAAACUAGCGCAACUAUUGGAACCUAAAAACAUCGACAGAAAUAAAAUAAAUUUAAGCAAUCUAGUGCGCACCAGAAACUGGUAAACAUUAGCAUGAUAUAACAUUUAAGCUAGCGGAUUAUUGCAAUUGGCUAACUUGCAUAGCAAAAGUUGGCUAUUUUAAAUGCUAUAUCAUGCUAAUGUUUACAACAAUUAGCUAACUUGCAAAGCAAAAGUUCGCUAGCUUAAAUGCCAUUGAAUGCUUAUGUUUACAACUGUCUAACUUGAUUAGCAAAAGUCCGCUAGCUUAAAUGCUAUAUACAUUUAAAUGCUAUAUAAUGCUAAUGUUUACAACAAUUGGCUAACUUGCAGAGCAAAAGUCUGCUAGCGUCAAUGCUAUACAAUGCUAAUGUUUACAACAAUUGGCUAACUUGAAUAGCAAAAGUUCGCUAGUUUAAAUGCUAUAUACUGCUAAUGUUUACAACAAUUGGCUAACUUACAUAGCAAAAUUCCACUAGCUGAAAUGCUAUAUAAUGCUAAUGUUUAAAACUGGCUAACCUGCGUAGCAAAAGUCCAUUACCUUAAAUGCUAUAUAAUGUUAAUGUUUACAACAAUUGGCUAGCUUGCAGAACAAAAUUCCGCUAGUUUAAGUGCUAUAUACUGCUAAUGUUUACAACAAUUUUCUAAUUUCCAAAGUAAAAGUCUGCUAGCGUAAAUGUUAUACAAUGCGAACGUUUACAACAAUUGGCUAACUUGAAUAGCAAAACUCAGCUAGUUUAAAUGCUAUAAAAUGCUCAUGUUUACGAUAAUUGGCUAACUUGCAAAAGUCCGCUAUCUUAAAUGCAAUAUAAUGCUAAUGUUUACAACAAUUGGCCAACUUGAAUAGCAAAAGUUCGCUAGUUUAAUGCUAUAUACUGCUAAUGUUUACAACAAUUGGCAAACUUGCAUAGCAAAAUUCCACUAGCUGAAAUGCUAUAUAAUGCUAAUGUUUAAAACAACUGGCUAACCUGCGUAGCAAAAGUCCAUGACCUUAAAUGCUAUAUAAUGCUAAAUUUUACAAAAAUUGGCUAACUUGCAAAGCAAAAGUUCGCUAGCUUAAAUGCUAUAUAUUGCUAAUGUUUACAACAAUUGGCGAACUUGAAUAGCAAAAGUCCACUAGUUUAAAUGCUAUAUACUGCUAAUAUUUCUAACUAUUGGCUAACUUGCAUAGCAAAAAUCCGCUAGCUUAAAUGCUAUAUAAUACUAAUGUUUCCAACAAUUGGCUAACUUGCCUAACAAAAGUCAGCGACCUUAAAUGCUAUAUAAUGCUAAUGUUUACAACAAUUGGCUAACUUGCUUAGCAAAAACCCGCUAUCUUAAAUGCUAUAUAAUGCUAAUAUUCACCAGAUACUUUCUGGUGCGCACUAGAAAUGUUCUGGUGUGAACCAUAUUGCCUAAAUUUAUAUUAUUUCUGUCAAUGUUCCUUGAGGGGCUCUGUAAAAACAAUAGAUACAUUAAAAAAAAAAAAAAGCUGGCUUCACUGUACUCGUUUCUUUGUGUUUACUGUUGUUUACAAGAUGACAUAUACAAUUCUUCCAUUCUUGUAGUGCCGUUUCCCCCCCAAAAAUGCAUGCAAAUGACUUGUAAUAACAGAUUUAUCCCUUCUGUGUAGCGUGAAGCUGAAUCUAUAUGUGUAAUUGAAAAUCUUGUGAUGUAACAAAAUGCAAAAAUGUAGCAGGGUUAUUAUAAAAGUGUAGCAUUUGACAUGUUAAUGUAUGUAUAUUGCUGUCAUGUCACACUUCCAUGUGAAUGUUUGCUCCACCUCUUUGCCAGGAUGUAUUUUAUGAUAUAGUUUAUUUUUUUACGUGUGCAAAAUGUAUGAUGCGAAAGGAGAAAUAAAAAGUGUCAUUUGAGUGUUGCUUAGCGGACAAUUUCAGGGGUAUACAGGUAAGAAUUUUCAGACUCAUUUGUAGACUUUUAUUUUUUCAUAAAUGUGUAUGUAAAAUGAUGUAAGCCUAGUGCCAUUAUAUUUAUUAUAUCUAUUAUAAAAAAAUAUAUAUUUACAUUAUUUGAUGUGAUAUUAUUCAAGUGAGGAACCAUAACAUGACAUGUAUCCUGUUCAAAUAUAUCACAUUAAAAUGUGAAACUUGACCAUGUUUAAAUUGGGAAUUUAGCAUCUUAAAAUGCACAAACUAUCAUAAAUUCAUACUGAACUUAAUAAUAUUUGUAAUUUAUGAAAUAUGUCAUUUGUGAAUGAAGUAAUGAUAUCAAAAAACACCUAAAA